GAUUCACCAGUAUGUGGAUUACCUGGUGUUAAGCCUCAGAUACGUGGUUCCACUUCAUGACAGAAUCACCAAAUUUCAGUUCAGACUUUUUCCUUGUAGUGAAGGAGUGACUGUUCCCUUGCUGAGUAUCCUUUCAUGCACUUGACAUUUUGCUGGGUGAAAGAGGUAGCACCUGGAUGGGGAGGACAUGGGACAGUUUCAGCAGCUGGCUUUGCCUCCUUCCUCUUACAACUGCUGAUGCUGAAACAUGCUUUAGACACAAGCAUUUAGCAAUGGCAACACUUUAAACUCCUUGCAGAUGCUCGUGCAGACUGAUGUUAUCUUAAAAUGGAUUGAGGGAAAUAUAAUUCUGCUUAAUAUCAUCAGAAUUGUCAGUACUUUUCUUCAGCAUAACCAAUGUAUUGGGCCAGAUCUCAACAGCUGUGUUGUGUUGUAACAGUGAAUGGCACCACAGGAGAAGGCCUGUCCCUUAGCAUCCAGGAGAGGAAGCAGUUGGCAGAAGAAUGGAUGUGCCAAGGGAAAGACAAGCUGGAUCAUGUGAUAAUUCACGUGGGAGCUUUAAGUCUACUGGAGUCCCAAGAACUGGCCAGACAUGCAGCAGCCAUAGGUGCUAGUGGCAUUGCAGUAAUAGCUCCCUCCUUCUUCAAACCCACAAACAAAGAUGAACUCCUUGCUUUCUUACAGAAAGUUGCAUCCGAAGCCCCUACAGUUCCAUUUUAUUACUACCACAUUCCAGCUCUGACGGGUGUAAAGAUUCGUGUUGAGGAGUUGCUGGAUGGAAUAAGAGAGCAGAUCCCCACCUUCCAGGGUGUGAAGUUCAGCGACACAGACCUCUUGGACCUUGCACAGUGUAUAAACAAGAAUGAGAGAGAACAGUUUAUAUUCCUCUAUGGAGUAGAUGAGCAACUGUUGAGUGCACUGGCAGUAGGGGCAAAUGGAGCAGUUGGAAGUACCUACAACUACCUAGGUAGGAAAACCAACCUGAUGCUGCAAGCUUUUGCAAAGCCAGACCUUGCAUUAGCACAGAAGUACCAGUUUCUCACGGGGGAAUUUCUCAGUUUUGUCAUCAAACUAGGUUUUGGGGUUGCACAGACAAAAGCUGUAAUGACUUUUGUUUCUGGCAUCCCCAUGGGACCUCCACGGCUUCCGCUUGUUAGUGCCUCUGAGGAAUUCAUUGCCAAGGCCAAAGCCAAGCUGGAGAGCAUUGUGUGGCCCGAUGGUGACUGACUUCACUCCCACGUCGGUGUGCAGGGGCUCCUUUUCCGGGAUUUGCUGUCACUUGGCAUGCUCCUCAUGCAAUGCCCUGGUUUGGCUGGGAUCUCCUUCAGGAAAAUGAAAGUAAUUGGCGUGGAAGGGCUGGCACACAUGUAGCCAGCCACCUGUUCUUUAACUUCUCUCUGCUCCUCUGGAGCUCUGCACUGCCCAGCACUGGCUGCUAUCAUUAAACAAACAAACGGAAAAAAAAAGACAAAAACAAACAAACAAAAAAAACCUGGUUUGUUCCAGCAGAGGGAUCCUGACCUCCUUUUGUCUAGGAAGAAAGGUCUGUCUGCACUGCCCCAAACAGGAGGGGAAUCAACUUUUUACAAGGGUAGGCAGUGAUAGGACAAAGGGGAAUGGCUUUAACCUCAAGGAGGGUAAGUUUAGACUGGAUGUCAGGAGGAAGCUCUUCACAGGGAGAGUGGUGAGGUGCUGGAACAGCCUGCCCAGAGAGCUCUGGAUGCUCUGUUCUUGGGGGUGUUCAGGACCAGGUUGGAUAGGACCCUGGGCAGCAUCUGGUCUGCUACCAGAUCUGGAGGUUGGUGGGCCUGUCUGUGGCACGGGGAUUGGAAUUUGGUGAUCCUUGGUGUUCCUUCCAACCCAAGCCAUUCUAUGACUCUGUUUUAUCUCUCCCUGAGCGUCUCAAGCCCUGGGGUGUCACUGCUGUACAACAACCUGCCUGCUCAGGCUGGUGUUAUGCUGUUUCUCACCAAGUCAUUUGUACAUUAGUUGUGUCAAAUCACUGUUUACCUCCUCUCA